AGGAGCAAGCAAGCGCCCACGCACAAACCUUGGCAAAGGCCGACGACGAUUCUCGCCUCGCUGCUGUGUAGCACAUUAAUUUCAUUCAGCUUUUCAUUUCGCGACUCCGAAGUUGCAGUUAGGUACCACCGUACCUACGUCAUAGCCAUCGGGCGCUGUAUCUGAAGUGGCGCCCCUCGAGCUGUGGAGCAGCAUUUUGCAGGAAGGUCUCCACAAUCGCUACCUGGAACCGGAACGGUGCAGACGAACGGGUUGACGACGACGACGGGACUUUCUGCGUAGUGAGUGUGUGACAUUGUAGAGCACUAUUAUUGGAAGGACUUCCUAUAAAAGAUACUUGAAGACAUUUUGCCCCUCACAUCUGUGAUACGUAGUGGGUGGAAAAGUACCAGGCAGCUCCAUGAGUGUUUUAUCUCUCCUCGGAUCGAUUCGGUAGAGCUCUUCUCUCAGUCCGCUUCUCGCAGUUUGCUUAUCUAUUCAUUUCGCGGAGGUCCUCCUCCGAGGCAGAGGUUCAGUCUUGAGCAGAUUUUUCUUCCAGAAAGGUGAAGUGAAAAGCAGCGGGACAAACAUAUUGUCUCUGGUUUCACCUGGAAAAUUUUUCUCCAUUUUUUGGUUUUUCAGUUCUCUUACCAGUGUAGUUCUUUUUUAAGUUUCCAAUCGAAAACGAAAACGACACCCAAAAGGGAGUUGAGUGAAGAAAGUGAAUUUGACGGGUGGGGGCCGUCCCCCUAGGGUAAGUGCCAGUGGUUGGCUGGAAGAGUGCAAGUUGCCAGCGAAGAUGAUGGGAUUAAUGGAUUCCUGCUAAGUCCACUAGCUAGACUAGGGACAACUCACACACCCACACAAACCCGCUCGACAGAUAGAUAGAAGAUCGAAAACUGCGUCAAAUAGAUUCGGGAAAACAGUAGAAGCCCGAUUAUUAGCUCCAGUAGAUAUUUGCUAGUACUUGGACCGUACAACUCACACGUAGCAGUUUCGUAGGCAGUUCCGGUGUGAGUUAGCCCCUCUCUAUAUUUCUCUCCCCCGGUACCCGUUCCCCUCGAAAUAGCACGGGCGCAGGUCGCUCACACAAGUUCAACCCGUGCAAGCGAGAGGGGACCAACAUAACUUUAAAGUGAUGUAAUAAAAGCACAAUGUCAAAUAUUGACAUAUCGACGGCAGCAGUAGCAGCAAAAACAUGGACGAAAAAUACUUGGCGACAACUAGUACAUCUGCUGAUGGUGGCAGCGCUGAUCCUGGCCAUCCCGGGCAGCAGCACUAAACAGCUGGCCGUAUCGGCAGAGGGCAAUAUCGGUUGCCUUUUCGCCGAGACGCUAUGCAUCGAACAUCUGGAAUGGUGCUACGAUGAUUUCUCAUUCGGAAAAUGUCUCCCGCAGUAUGGGCUGGAACCGGAGGAGCUCUUUCGGGAAGCUUUGGACGAGGAACAGUCUCGGUUUUUGGCGGUCAUGCUGGAGGAUUUGCAGGGAGCCGGCCUGGGAUGGGAACACCCCUUUACCCAGUGUCGCAUGCAGGGAGCCCUUUUCGCGAUGCGAACCAAUUCCGAGAUUCCACGCAGUCUCUGCGCAAAUCUGGCACCCGAUCCGGAAGUUCUUGACCCGCAAAGCCCUCUGGCCUUUGUUCGGUUUACCCCUCCCAAUGAUGAGUACGCCGACGAGGUGUACUAUCCGCCCCUGAAGAAAUCCCAAGUUCCUAACCCCCGUUCCACGAUAAACGACAAACGCUUCUUCGUGUCGGCCAGGAAACCUACCAAAAAAUCCUCUCCAGGACGUGAAAUCUUCUCCGAGCCAGUAAAUCCCCUGUAUCCGAAAAUUCGUCCUGUACCAAUCGUGGAAACCAUGGAACCCAUCCCAAUACCAAUCAUCGACCGUAUACCGGAAGAGUCGGGAAGAAAUCGGCACCAUGAUGACCGGAAUCGUGCCGCGCUCCGACGACUUGUUGAACAGUUCGAAUUCAGAUACCCAGGCCCUCAAAUCUACCCCAGUCCGGACGUGAGCGAUUACCUGGAUGAUCAAGCCCCGAACGAAAUCGAACGGUUCAACGUGCGCAUCAAGCCGGAGGUUUCGUACAACGAGAAACGUGAUCAUUACAUCUUCAACGAUCAGAAAGCCGAUGUCGACGAAGAGAAGGCACUGAAGAAGCUAGUCGAAAAUCUGACUCCCAUAGACACACCGGACUACACCUUUAUCAAUCAGAAAGCCUCCUCGUUCCGCGAAUACGCCAACAAGCAUCACAUCCCGAAGAUCUCCAACUUUGCCCCGGAAAAUGUGAACAGCGUAGCGCACGAAAAGGACGUUUCCAAGCUGGACAAGUUCUACAACAAGAAGCCGCAUCACCAUCUGAACGAUCUGAACGAAAUCCCGGAUACAUUCCGAGAAGAUGCCCAGUAUGCUCCCUCGGAAGCUGGCCUCUACACCGAAGGAGGUUUCGUGUACGUUCCCAAGGCCGGUACCAACAAGGGUAAAACGGAAGCACGGGCCUUGCUGGACAAUAUCCUCGGAUUUACCCGCCACGAGCGGUUGGACGUGAAGAAACCAGGACCACCGGCCGCUCCGCCUCCAUCGUCACAAACACCGAACGAACUACCCAAGGAGGCACUACCCAGCGAUUCGGCCGACGACGUAAACGCCAAAAAGCCCAAAUCCAAGAAGGAACUGCACCUGCACAUGGACGACGACCAUGCACCACAUUCGGUUGACACGGAGUACGCGUAUGUCAUUCUGAAGAAUCCGAUCGACAACUGGAAGGAUGGAGCACGGAUUGUGACUGCGUUGGCUGAAGUUUUGCACAUGCAGGGAUAUUUCACGCAUCCAAGGGUUGACCGUCGCGAGGUGACGUUUCGCGUCGAGACCAACCCGGAGAAGAAGACCGCCGCGGACAUUGCGAAGCAGAUCAACAACGACACACGCGUCAAGAACAAUCUACAGCGACGGUACGGAGUCCUGGUGACCCUGGCCGGAGUCGGAGACAAGACCAAGGACAGCGCAGAUGGAGUUUCGUCGGAACGGCGCAUCGAGGAGGGUCCCGAUGUAACGCACGUGAUGGCAUUUAUGUUUGCAGGAGCUGGUGCCGCGGCAAUCAUCGUGAUCGUGAUUACCUUAUUUCUUAUCAAGAAGCACGAUAAAAAGAAGGACAAACUAGGUGGACUGCAGGCCGGGCUCUCCGGGGCGGACAGCUGCAGCAAGGACUACCAGGAUCUGUGCCGGGCCAGGAUGGCCGGCAAGACCGGAAGCACCGAAUCCCCGGGUGGACGCAUAACUUCGCUCGCGAAGGAAGCCGAGCGGCCACCGUCGUCCCGGUCCAGUACGUCUUCUUGGAGCGAGGAACCCGCGCUAACGAACAUGGACAUCUCUACCGGCCAUAUGGUUCUGUCGUACAUGGAGGACCAUCUGAGGAACAAGGGAAGACUUCAGCGCGAGUGGGAAGCACUGUGCCGGUACGAAGCGGAACCGAGCGCUCGCGAUGCGGCUCUGCAGACUCAGUGUGCUCCGUUGAAUCGGCCGGGAGCUCCGCUGCCGUACGACCACUCGCGAGUGGUGCUGAACCAUCUGGCCAACGCGGAAGGAAUGGACUACAUCAACGCUUCAACGAUUACGGAUCAUGAUCCUCGGGCACCGGCAUACGUAGCGGCCCAGGGUCCGAUGCAGUCCACGCUGGCACACUUCUGGCAGAUGGUGUGGGAACAGGGAGCCGUCGUGUUGGUGGCUCUCUGUCGACUGCAGGAGAACGGCGAAGCGGCAUGUGCUCGCUACUGGCCAGAGGAAGGAGCCGAGGUGUACCACAUCUACGAGGUCCAUCUGGUCAGCGAACACAUCUGGUGCGACGAUUACCUGGUGCGAUCGUUCUAUCUGAAGAACCUCCGGACCGGUGAGACUCGAACCGUGACGCAGUUCCACUUCCUGUCGUGGCCUCAGGGUGGAGUACCAACCUCGGCCAAGGCACUGCUGGACUUCCGGCGGAAGGUGAACAAGUCCUACCGGGGACGAUCGUGCCCGAUCGUCGUUCACAGCAGUAAUGGAUCCGGUCGCACGGGAGCAUACAUCCUGCUGGAUCUGGUGCUCGGCCGGAUGAACAAGGGCGCCCGGGAGAUCGACAUAGCGGCCACGUUGGAGCACUUGCGUGAUCAACGGGCGGGCCUGGUGGCCACGAGGCAGCAGUUUGAGUUUGUGUUGAUGGCCGUUGCCGAGGAGGUUCAUGCAAUACUGAAGGCUUUGCCGCAGAAUUCCAAUGCCAGUGGCGAGAAGCGACCCAGCGAUCCAACGACGACGACGACGACGACGACGACAACGACGGCGGCAACAACGACGGCAGCGGCGACGACAGCGGCGGGGGAAAAGGACCAAGCGGCCACGGCAACGGUAGCGGCGCCAAGUGGUGCUAAGGAACCGGAGGACACAGAGGCAAAGAAAAAGGACAGCAAACCGGCGGAAAAGUAAACAAUAGAUGAAGUCAGAGCAGGGAGUUUUUAAGGUUUUUUAUAUUUUCGUUUGUUUUAGAGGUUAGGAUGAAAUGUGGAUGAUCUAUGAAAUUUUUCCGUUGUUUGAGGUUCGGUUUUUGCCCCCCAAAAACACGUUGCUCAAAGAGAAGAAGUAUCUUACGGUUUGCGUUUGAUCAUUUGACGAUUGAAUUUUAGUUCGAAUUCAUUGCUUUCAUGAUCAAAGUAUUUUGCCUUAGCACAAUUGUUUUUGUUUAUAAAUGAAAUUGUUUGAGUGCAAUUUGAUUUGACAGAACCUGAAUCACACGAUACUGGAAAACCAAUGCAAACGUCUUAGGGAAUUUUGAAUGACACAAGAUGAAAACCAAAACAAAUUAUAUGACAUAACCGUUAUUUAAUCGAUCCUUAUAAGAGUAAUGGAACCAAAAAAAAAUCUUGAAAAAAAUAAUUAUUAUCUGUCAAUUUUGCUGACUAGUAAUAGGAAAUGAAUUGACAACGCAUCCUACACUAAAAAAACACAAAUUUCAAUGAAAAGGGGCGUGCUUUUCCUCGCUCAGUUUCCAGGAAAAGCCCGCCGCUCAGUAUUCAAAGUUUUUUCAAGCAUCUAUUGGGAAACAUUUAUAUAUAAAAAAAUAAACAAACAACUUACUCAACAUCACAUGAGGCCGUCAACCGUUCCGAUCAAGAUCCGCCGCCAGCCAGCGCACGCGGACGGUUGGACGUGCGAUCCGGGGAUGAUCCGACCGCCCUGAAAAACAAAACAAAAACAACCAAUCGUAAAACGUGUGUGUGUAGACAAAUAUGAGUAGACGAAUGGAAACAAAAUAAGAUAUCAUUAUUGAAUUAUUUCUAUAAACUAUCAUACGAGACAGUAAUAACAGCAAACACAACAAACAAACAAAAACUCAUACAUAUAAACAAAUAGCGCAAACAACACAACUCUGACAUCUAACCACAUACCAAGUUCACAUAUGUACCUCUAAAGAGAAACUUUUUUAAGACAAAGAUGAAUUUUAAUCGACGUUAGAAAUGAAGAUAACCGAAUUGAAAAGUAUAUAUUUUGAAGCGUGGAGCGGACGAAGGAGCAGCAGAAAGUAAGUUGACGUUAUGAAGUUUGUAGAAAAUCAAUCGCUCGAAUGACAGAUCAGAUGCAACCGGUACACAUCAUCCAAAACACACACACCUAGCAGGCUAUGAGAAAACAGCGCAAGCAAACAAAUACAUAAACAAACGAGUACAGAGUGCCAUCUGGUGGCAUAUUAGUUGAAUUAACGUUGGUGCAGCUAUUAGAUAGAUUAAUAGGGGGACAUUUUGGCACUUUGGACUGGAGAGCCCUCCGGGCAGAGUCAAGUGGAAGAUUUGAAAAUAUAUAUUUUUUGAUUCCUUAUUGGAUUUGACAACGUAAGGAAAAGAGAAGACUUCACACGGACACUUAUUUUGAGUACUAGUCACGGCAAAAAUCAUGCGAUUGUUCGAUGAAAAUGAUGAACAUGGUAGCAUUAAGUAGCUUUUAAAAGUAUAGAAAUGGCUCUUCACGCAUUUCCUAAAUAUUAUACCUAAAGGCAAACAGAAAAAAAAAUCUAGACUUGUAAGACACCGUAAACAUACAGCAAAUGGUACAUUUUCGCACGUCUCCAACAGCAAGGUGUAUUUAUGAAUUAUUGAAUAUCGCUAACAAACAAAAAAGUAUAAUGUAAACAUGCACACAAACAUAAACAAAUAUAUAUUGGCUCACCCGUUCCUGUCAACGUACUCUAAACUAUCCAGCCAGUUUAGGUUCGUUGACAGGAGAAAUCAUAAAAAAAAACAAAAGAACUUUUUAGCUGUUUUCCCUUUCAAAGAAUAAACGACGUUCACCGCGAGUGGAGGCAAAUUUUCGCCGUAUUCCUCCCUGUUUGUUUACAUUUUCUAAUUUCGGGGGCCAUACCGAAAGCAUAGAUACCAUUUUUUCCCCAUUGAACAAACCUACGCUGGCGACAAAAUUUGCCUCCCGCUCGUCCGGUUGAGCGAGAGACGCAGCAGGAGCUAGACUUGAUUAUUGAAUAUUAAAAGAAAAGAAUGACAAACAUCCAAUCGAGGCAACUAUUUAUUUACAUUUGAACUGUCAAACGAGUUAUGCAGAGACUGAUGUCUAUAUAUACUUUUUACUACACCAGUUUGAUUUUUGCUACUAGACUUUUGUCCCACUACUUCUGGUUCCGGGAGCCGAUACUUUAACAAUUGAAUUUGUUUUGGAAAAAUAUCUGUCCUUUGAUUCUUCUGGAGCAAAAACUUCACAAAGAAGCAGAUCUAACCUAUCCGACAAACACUAUAAGGAAGGAACCUUACAAAAUAUUCAAUGUCAUAAAGUUUUUAAAACUAAAUGAUGCAUCAAACUUUUUAAUUCCUUAUUCCUAACGUUGUAGACGUAUUACAUAUAUAUAUAUAUACAAUACAGAGAGUCAUAUACAUAAACAAAAGAAAAGAAAACGAGUAUAUACAAAGUUAUCCUUAAAACAAUACAGAAUCACAAAAUGGGGCUUAUUAUUAUACAUUAAUCAUUGUUUAAUCUUAGCAACUUAUCACAAUCAGUUGACGGAGAAACAUUUGUUGUUUAGGUAGAAUAUCGCACUGAUGGCGCGGGCAGCAACGGCAACCGAAGCUGUCAAACGUGCACAUUCGAUUGCUGGCAUCCCUCCCGGGCCGUCAGUGCGGUUUGUUGUGAGAAGAGAAGCAUUGAAGGUGUUGAACAAAAUUCAAACAAAUACAACCUAAUCCUUUAGGACAAAGAACAAAAAAAAACUUAUAGACAUUAUAUAUUCUGCGGUAGACGCGGAAAGCAAAGAUAAAUAUUCAUAUAUUCUUGUGUAUAAAUGUCCACACACAAUAGAGCAUAAUAAUCUUAUCGGAAAAACAGCAGAAGAAGCGCAGUGCCGACGCCGAAGCAAAGUGUAUAUCAGCUAGUCUCGAACGGAUAAGUGUGCAAAAAUGUGCUUGUAAAAAUUGGAAUCAGUACGAACUUUAUGUAGCAUUCAGAUGAUAAAAUUCAAAAUCUUAACGAUUCGAACAAUGAAUAAAGAACACGAAAAGAGAAACACUUAAA